GUUGCAUGCUGAGGCUCCUCUAAGUGGUGAGGAAAGGCUUAGUGUGCUGCAGGCCAGCACAGCUCCAAAAAUCAGUGGCUAUCCGCUUGCAGUGGCUAUCUGUUUGCAACUCUUGCUUAACCUCAUGCUGCCACCAGAGCUGAGCUGUCAAGAGAGAACAUGUACUCUGUUGAUAGAAACUGUGCUCCUAGAUAGGUAAAGUAAUGCUCUGUGCUAUUUUAGGAAUGAAAGGGAUUAUCGCACAGGGAAUUCAUUCUUUGCAUAAGAAUAUGUGAAAAGGAUGCUGGAGCAAGGCAAUUAGUCAGUUCGUAAAUGUUCAGGCUGCUUUUUCUCUUCUCCAACUGUUAGCUGAGAUCUAGAAUGAGAAUUCAUUUGUGAGCAGUGGUGGUCACAUCAGAACACUUAAUUGUUUAUGAGGGCACUUUAUUAAUUCACUAUCUGUGCUUCUGUAAGAAGCUGCACCUCCUUCUCUUGAUUAUUAAUUUCUAAUUUGUAAACGUCAAGUUCUGUUAAAUGACCAGCAUCAUCCCUCUUCAUCUCAAAUUUUUACAGUGGAAAGAACCUUAAAAUAUUGUUAAAUAGCUGUAUGUAGAAGUACUAAUACAUUACUUAAAUACUAAUGCAUACUUCACUGUGUGGGUUUUUAGAUGUGCCCUACAUCCACUUCCUCCCCCUGCUGCCGAGUAACUUACUUUCCUGCAGCUGGGUGUAUGUAAUGGUAAAUCACUUCCAAAGCUCUGCAAUCCAUAGCUGUAGCUGCAAAGCUGAGGUAUUGCUUAACUGUGCUAUUACUUGGAUUCUGAUUGCUUAUGAGCUUGUUAAUUGAUCUGAACGUUUGACCAGUCCUCUAAAACUUCUAUUAACUUAUUCUUAGGAGAAUCUUUUAUUGACUACAGUUUUAGGAAGUCCCAAGUUGCUGUUCUUUCCAGGAAUAACAUUCAUUGGCGUGCUAUGUGUUUCGUCUUUUUUUUGUUCUCUGAAAUGUUUUGGCCGAUGUGGUUGUGAGUGGGUGGUAUGGAGGAGUGGGAUGUGCUGAAGUUGCUUUCUAACAUCUCUAGGCCUGGCGAGAAAAGAGGGCAUUGUACCUAAUGCUUAAAGCAGGUUUCCAGCCAAAACAAAUCUUGAGGAUAACUUAGGCUUAUUCAUUUUGCUGAGCUGUCUGUUACAAACGUGGCCAAGAGUGAGAAUUGACUUAGGUUUCAAAUGUGUACUUUUUCGUUAAAUUGAAAAGCAAACUUAAAAAAAAAAAAAACCUACACCUCAUUCUGUUGGUAGCAUAAAGCAGUUUUCCUCAGUUCAUGUAAGGCACAAAAGACCAAGCUUGUUCUGGAAGAAUUAUCCUUUGACCAGAAAACCAAUACCAUCCCUCCUUUUAUAUACUAAUGAAAAGAACUUGCUCUCCACACACUGGUUCAAUGGGGUAGAAGCUGUCAGGAAAAUCCAAUGAAAGGAUUAGCUAAAAUGGACUAGAUUAAUUAGAGCCCUUGAUUAUGUCUCGCUACGCACUAGUAACAGCAAAGGAAAUGGAAAUGAUAGUGAGUUCAUCCUUACAGGUAUGUGGUGGGUGACGGUGAGGGGAGUGUCCAUGGGAAGGCAAGAGGCAAGAAGCAAAUUCCGCUGUUCAAGUCGCUUCUUACAGGCUGCAUUCAUUCCUUGUCCUUCCGCCUGUAGCUGAAAACGAAAAGAUUUUAAUUGUUGUGAAGAUCACAUGACCCGCUCCUUACGAUCAAGCCCCAACUCACUAUUCCAGCUGAAAUCGUAUUACCUUUCCUGUCAUGUAAGGUCUACGUGCAUCAUAUUGACCAGAGCUAGGAUUCAAGCUGCUGCUGAAGGCUUCUGGCUGCCUGAUGCAAGGCAGGAGGCUUUCUCAGUUUCUCUAACCUGUAAUGAAUAUACCGGGUGCAACUUUUGGGUUCCACUGAGGUGUGAGGCCUGAAAACACAGCCAGUCACUUAACUGUCAGAACUAGUGAUGGUCCAGCUCUGGCAGUAGAAAUCUAAAUCUUGGUCUUAAAGUAGGAUUUUUUAGGAUUUCAAUGUUGUAGUCAUCAUAUCUGCUCUCCUCAAAAUUACUGCUUACAUGAAGGGGAAAUUCCAAGCGCUUCUACACGUACUAUGCAGCCUGGAUUCAUCUAUUGAUUUUUGUCUAUUUCUUUUGCAUUUAUGUGAGAUACGUAAUUAAAUCUGUGAUAUCAGAAGUCUCUGCUGAGUUGCUUUCAGACUUGUACUGGCUUGUUAUGCAGUACAUGUUCUCCUGUAGCACAGUUCUUGAGCCUGCUUUCCCAAGGAAAAAAGGCCUUGAGACUAUUGAAAAGUCUAAACAAGAAGCAAGUUCUCAUUUGGAACAGAUCACUAAGCUCUUGAAUGUUUUGUUUUGUUUUAUGCUGCUGACACUUUUGACUUUGGUCUUUGUUAUAUUGCUGAUGACCCAGAAGUGGCAUGAGUCAAUCUUGAUGGAGGACAAAUUCUCAGGGAUUUUUCUCUCCCAACUGUUCAGUUCAAAAACCUUAAUGUGGUGGAGGUAAAAAUUAAUGCAGAUAAAAACACAAGCUGCCAAAGUACUGCUUUUGUAGAGGGAGAUAAGUGACUCUGCUGAGGGAACGCUUCUUGAUAAGCUUGUGGGUAAAGAGAUCUUCCCAGGAUUUAAGCCAAAAGCUGCUGCCGUUUGAUUACAGUGAGUGUUUGGAGAGAGCUUUCUGAUUACUGACUUCUUUCAGCCUCCCGUUACUUCUGUCUGGGAGUGAUGGCUUUCCUUUCCUUAAGUAAAACAUCUGAGCUGGGUAUGCAGAGCAAUCUGUCAAAAAGUGUUCGGUGUGUAUGCUUGGCUCUUUGAGAUGGGAUAAUUGUCAAAGUUAAGAGGCUCCUCAAAGUGUAAGGAAUCCAGUCUGAAUAUAUAAAUGACUUCGGAAGACAGUCACAGGUUUUGUGGUGGUUUUUUUGUUUUUUUUUUUAGCUUAUGACUUACAGUAGGAGCUAUAUUGAUUCAAUCACUUUAAAAAUGGGACUAAGGAGAAAAGUACUGUGUAGCUUUCUGUUCUGAAUGACAAAUGAUUGAUUUUUUUUUUUUUUCCCGUCUCUUGGAGGCAGCAGAGACCUUCAAGUAGAUCUGUGUGAUCUCCUUGCAGUAGGAAACUGACACUGCUGCACAGUGAGAUAAGUACUUGCUCUUUCUUUCUCUUAGUCGUCUAUUGUGAGGCAAGGAAAUAUUACGUGUAACUAAGGUUAAUCUCUUUUAAAUGAAGCAAAAUUAAUUCUAAAACUGGUUUAAGCUGAAUUUGCUUUUUAAAAUACGCUUCUGAAAGUGAAAAGGAUCUGAUACUGAAUUCAGAAGGUCACUUGACUGAAAGGGGACAUCGGGAGGGCAUCAGCCAAACACCCUUCUCCAAGUGGAGUCAGCAGUGAGGUUGGGCCAGGUUAUUCAGGGUCCAGUCUGAUCUCUGAAAACCUAACCUGGCUACUGAGGUUCAUCUUCACUUUAGGAAACAGCUGAAUAAUGUCCUGAUAACUGAGAAUUUUGAGGUUCUGUGUACAUCAAAUUGAGGAACUGAUUGGAAAAGCUGAAGAUCUGGAGAUGUGCCGUAGCUGUGUUGUGUGGCACUACUGCAACACUGAAAGCUGUGCCUUGUGAAACAGGAUACUUUAUUUAUCCUGGGUUUCUGUAGCUUCAGGUGAAUUAAGCUACUUUAGCGUCUUCAUUCUGAUGCUCAGUAGUGUGUUUAGGCUAAGAGCCAGGACAUUAGUAAUGCCAGGUAGGUGAUGGGUCGUGUCUCUGUGAUAAUGAGGGCUAGAGUUGGUGUGUGGGUGUAUUGAGAACUGACAAACUGGCUCGUCUCCUGCUCAGCUGAAACUUUCUCUGUACAUACUGUUCUUUGCAGGUUAUUUGAGGUUGAGAGGAGAAGCCCAAACCCUCAGCUUUUUCAGCUGUUAAUUAUGUGCUGUAAUUUAUUCUAGAUAUGUUGCUACAUGUGUCCUCAGAACAAUUAAAUCCUCAAGUAUUUGAGGCUUGCCAUGGAUGUACAUCUCUAACCAAAUGUGAUUGCAGUGGAGUUAAAGGCGAAAAGGGUGAAAGGGGAUUCCCAGGCUUGGAAGGACAGCCAGGUUUGCCUGGGUUUCCAGGACCAGAAGGACCUCCUGGUCCAAGAGGUGCAAAGGGUGAUGAUGGACUUCCAGGACCUAUUGGCCCCAAAGGAAUCAGAGGUCCACCAGGGCUUCCAGGAUUUCCAGGAACACCGGGGCUUCCUGGUUUACCAGGACAAGAUGGGCCGCCAGGACCUCAGGGUAUCCCAGGCUGCAAUGGAACGAAGGGAGAACGUGGAUUCCCAGGCAGUCCAGGUUUUCCGGGUUUACAAGGGCCUCCUGGGCCCCCUGGUCUGCCAGGUAUGAAGGGCGAAGCAGGAGAAAUAAUUACAUCCUUGCUGCCAGGACAGAAGGGUGACCAAGGAUUUCCAGGUCUUCCAGGAAUACCUGGUCCACCUGGUUCCAUAGGAAUACCAGGCCCAGUUGGUCCUCCAGGGCCCCCAGGUUUGACAGGACCUCCUGGUCCACCAGGACUGCCAGGACCUAAGGGUAAUAUGGGCUUGAAUUUCCAAGGACCUAAAGGUGAAAAAGGUGAACAAGGUCUUCAAGGACCUCCAGGGCCACCAGGACAGAUUGGAGAACAGAAGAGACCAAAUGACAUUGAGUUUCAGAAAGGAGAUCAGGGUAUUCCAGGUGAUCCAGGCCCACCAGGACUUCCUGGGCCACAAGGCCCUCCUGGUCUUCCCGGUGGCGUAAAAGGUGAAAAAGGUGAGCAAGGAGAACCAGGCAAAAGAGGAAAGCCGGGCAAAGAUGGAGAACCUGGUCAGCCUGGUAGGGAUGGCUUACCUGGUGGGCCUGGAGUAAAUGGUGUUCCAGGAAGAGAUGGUGAAAAGGGUGAAAAAGGUGACACUGGUCCUCCUGGUCCUCCUGGAAGUGUCAUUUCAAGACCAGGCAUUGAUGCAACAGUGGGACCAAAAGGUAGCAAAGGAUUGCCAGGACUGCCAGGAGCCAAAGGGGAGCGUGGAUUCUCUGGUAGGCCAGGCCCCCCUGGCUUGCCAGGUUCUCCAGGGAUCACUACUGUUGGACCUCCUGGCCCACCUGGCUUACCUGGUGAGAGAGGACAGAAGGGAGAUCCAGGUUUACCUGGUGUUUCCAUUCCUGGACAACCAGGACUUGAUGGACCACGGGGACCUCCAGGACCUCCAGGUCCUCCAGGACCACCUGCACCAUCUGUUCCUCCUAGUGAAGGGUUAUGUGAGCGGGGUCCACCAGGUCCUCCAGGAAUUCCAGGACAACAAGGCUUUGCAGGAGAGAGAGGCCAAAAAGGUGAUCAAGGAGACACAUGCUUCAAUUGUAUAGGAACUGGAAUAUCUGGGCCUCCUGGUGAGAGAGGACCACCGGGACCUCCAGGUACUCCAGGUUCUCCUGGUUUUCCUGGGCCAAAAGGUGAAAAAGGACUUCCGGGAUUAACAGGCCUUGUAGGGCCACCAGGAUUCCCAGGGCCACCAGGUGCUCCUGGGAGACCUGGUCCUAAAGGAGACCCCGGGGAUGUCUUGGCUUCUCCAAGAAUGAAAGGUGACAAAGGAGACCCUGGCUUCCCUGGACCCCCAGGCCUUCCUGGCAUAGAUGGCACUCCCGGACGAGAUGGACUGCCAGGUCCGCCUGGCCCUAAAGGGGAACCUGGCAGUGUUGCAUUCAAAGGAGAAAUGGGAAUUCCAGGUGACCCAGGAAUACCAGGUCUUCCUGGAGACAAAGGACUUCCUGGACCUCCUGGUUUUGGUCCACAAGGUUUACCUGGUGAAAAGGGCAUCCAAGGUGUAUCAGGUCGUCCAGGACCUCCUGGAGUUCCUGGUCCGAAAGGUGACCCUGGUCAGACUAUUACAGAACCAGGAGUUCCUGGCCCCCCUGGUCCUCCAGGAAGAAAUGGUGACCCAGGUCUUCCAGGGGAUCCUGGUCAGCCAGGUCAGCGUGGCUUAUCAGGCAUCCCAGGUGCAAAGGGAGAGCCAGGAAUUCCUGGCAUUGGACUUCCAGGUCCACCAGGCCCAAAAGGUUUCCCAGGGAUUCCAGGCCCACCCGGAGCUCCAGGAACUCCAGGUCGCCCUGGCCUAGAUGGACCUCCUGGACCACCUGGUUUCCCAGGUCAGAAGGGAGAUCGUGGAUUUGGAGUUCCAGGACCACCUGGACCCCCAGGACCACCAGGCGUAAAAGGAGUUCAAGGACCUAAAGGUGAUCCUGGCUUCCCAGGAAACCCUGGUCUUCCAGGACGGGCGGGUUUUGAUGGAACUCCAGGACCCAAAGGUGACCCUGGACCAAGCGGACCACCAGGACUUCCAGGCCCACCGGGCAUCCCUGGCAUUGGAGGCCAAGGGCCACCUGGACCUCCAGGACCACCAGGUCCUGUUGGCCCACCAGGGUUGCAGGGCGUACCAGGGGAGAAAGGGGAUCCAGGUCCUCCAGGCGUCGAUGUUCCUGGCCCUCCAGGUGACCAAGGAUCCCCAGGAUAUCCAGGACCCCCUGGCCUCCCAGGCCCUCAGGGUUCACCUGGACCACCUGGUCGGGAUGGAAUACCUGGAUUUCCAGGUGCCAAAGGUGAGAUGGGCAUCAUGGGAGCCCCUGGGCCUCCAGGGCCUCCAGGAACUCCUGGAAGAAGUGGCCUUCCUGGCUUGAAAGGUAACAGUGGAUUGCCUGGCCCCCCAGGGCCUCCUGGACCAUUAGGUCAGAAAGGUGUCAAAGGUGAAGCAGGCCUGCCAGGUCCACCUGGAAGAGUUGAUCCAAAACAGCUAGGAGCAAAAGGAGAAAAAGGCGAGCCGGGUGUUCCAGGUAUUCCUGGUUUAUCAGGGCAGAAAGGUUAUCAAGGUCUCCCAGGUGACCCCGGUCCACCAGGACUUAGUGGUCCACCAGGCGCACCAGGUUUGCCAGGCAUCAAGGGAGACAUGGGGCUUCCUGGGCAGCCAGGACCAACAGGACCCCCGGGGCUAAAAGGUGCCAUGGGUGAGAUGGGCCUUCCAGGUCCCCCAGGAAGUAAAGGCAGCCAAGGAAUAGCAGGACGUCCAGGGCAGCCUGGGCCUGCUGGAUUUCCUGGACUGAAAGGGGAGAAGGGUGACCCUGGCCUUUCAAGCAUCGGUAUUCCUGGUCUGCCUGGACCAAAGGGUGAUCUUGGUUUGCCUGGAUACCCGGGUAGUCCAGGCAGUAAAGGUAUAGCUGGAAAUCCUGGUUUGCCUGGAUUACCAGGCAGUCCAGGUGCAAAAGGAGAGCCAGGCCUUCCUGGAUUCCCAGGAACACCGGGAAUUCCAGGACCAAAAGGUAUCGAAGGGCCUCCAGGUAAUCCUGGUCUGCCUGGGCCCCCUGGGCCAGUAGGUGAUACUGGUCGUCCUGGCCCUCCUGGUCCUCCAGGGGAGAAGGGACAGCCUGGUCGAGAUGGUAUCCCUGGACCAGCUGGUCAGAAGGGCGAACCAGGUCUGCCGGGUUUUGGGCGCCCAGGACCUCCAGGGCUCCCAGGAUUAUCAGGGCAAAAAGGUGAACUGGGGUUACCUGGCCCACCAGGACCCCCUGGACUUCCAGGCCUGAAGGGAGAACCAGGUUUCCAGGGAUUCCCUGGUCUACAGGGUCCACCAGGUCCUCCAGGAUUACCAGGGCCGCCUCUGGAAGGUCCUAAAGGUAGCCCUGGCCCACCAGGUGUUCCAGGAAGACCAGGUCCCUCAGGUCCUCCAGGUUCACCAGGCCCUGAAGGUCCACGAGGGCCACCAGGCAGUGGGGGACUUAAAGGGGAAAAAGGGAAUCCAGGACAGCCUGGCCAACCUGGCCUGACUGGUCAAAAGGGAGACCAAGGACCACCUGGACGCCAGGGAGAUCCCGGUCGUCCUGGUCUGAAUGGAAUGAAGGGUGACCCCGGGGUUCCAGGUGUUCCAGGAUUCCCAGGUAUGAAGGGUCCCACUGGACCUGCAGGACCUGCUGGCCUCACGGGCAGUCAAGGACUGCCAGGCCCACCAGGUCCACCAGGUUUACCAGGUACCAUUGGGCGAAGCAUUGUUGUCAAAGGUGACCCUGGUCCUCCAGGACCUCCAGGACUGCCUGGGUCAAAAGGGCCACCUGGACUGGCAGGGCCACAGGGAUUGCCAGGUCCAGUUGGUGUUCCUGGUGAUCCAGGGCGAGACGGACUCCCUGGUUUUGAUGGCCCAGCAGGACGUAAAGGAGAGAGAGGUCUUCCAGGCCAACCAGGUUCACGAGGAAUACAGGGACCCCCUGGUCCUGAUGGCUUACAAGGCCCACCUGGGCCUCCUGGAACAGCUUCUGUUGCUCACGGAUUCCUUAUAACUCGUCACAGCCAGACUAGGGAUACACCACUAUGUCCACAAGGAACUUCAAGAAUAUAUGAUGGAUUCUCUCUUCUGUAUGUGCAAGGAAAUGAGAGAGCCCAUGGCCAGGACUUGGGUACUGCUGGGAGCUGUCUCAGACGUUUUAGCACCAUGCCUUUCAUGUUCUGCAACAUCAACAACGUUUGUAAUUUUGCAUCAAGGAAUGACUAUUCCUACUGGCUGUCAACUCCAGAGCCAAUGCCGAUGAGCAUGGAGCCCCUGACCGGGCAGAACAUUCAGCCAUUCAUUAGCCGAUGUGUUGUGUGUGAAGCUCCUGCUAUGGUGAUAGCUGUCCACAGUCAGACCAUUCAGAUUCCUUCGUGUCCUCCAGGCUGGGACUCCCUUUGGAUCGGUUACUCUUUCAUGAUGCACACUAGUGCUGGAGCAGAGGGCUCCGGGCAGGCCUUGGCAUCACCUGGAUCCUGUUUAGAAGAAUUCCGCUCAGCUCCGUUUAUUGAGUGUCAUGGUCGUGGCACUUGUAACUACUAUGCCAAUUCCUAUAGUUUCUGGCUGGCAACUGUAGAGGUGUCAGAAAUGUUCAGUAAACCUCAGUCAGAGACACUGAAAGCUGGAGACUUGAGGACGCGUAUUAGUCGUUGUCAAGUUUGCAUGAAGAAGACGUAACGUCUUGAAGGAUGUUUUAAAACAGUUGAAAAUUCCUGAGAUGCACUGUCCUCCAGCUGCAACAAUGGUGCUACUGUGCAGAAAGAAAACAAAAAAACAAAUCCAAACUGUUUUAACCAUGCAAAUUCAAGUGUACCUCACUUGUGCCAAGCUAAGGGUUGUUUGGUACAUAUUUGACAACAGGACUAAGAUGAGAUGGAAGAAUUGACCUCCUGGAAACGGUAAAGACACUUGUGGUUCACAAAGGAUCAGAAGAUGAAAUUUUUCAUUUCUCUCCCUGUACCAAAAUGGCACCUUUUUGAUCAGUCAAGAGAAUAAAGAAAAACGCAAUGCACUGAGUAUGUUUAAAGUAACAAGACUGCAGUUUUGAAAAACAUUUUUCAUGGUGCUACUAACCCUACUGUAUCCCAGGUUUUUAAUAUGAGAUUUUAAGCUUAUUUCUCUGUAAGUAAUGAAAUGUGUAUAUUGUGUAAACACCUUUUUAGCUGAAACUCUCAGUCAUUUAGAAACGAACCAGACUCAGAUAUAAAAAUGCUUAUGUCUAAAAUUGAAAUAUACAGCAGUAUUUUAUUAUAAAAUUGAUGUUACAGAGAGAAUUUACAACUCUGACACCAAUUUACUCAUUCGAUAUUUCAUUUCCUUCCUCAGUUGCCAACCUGUCAUAUUUGGGGAAAUGCACAAUUAUUCUGAAGUCGUUUUGAUCAGGGUUUUAAAUGUUGAUACCGUAUACCAUGCUAUCAGUGGUUUUAUUUGUGCUUAGAGAUCCCAAUCCACUUGAAAAGUUUGUUGGUUUAUUUUUUUUUAUCUUGUGAAGAUAUGUGAAAUGAUUAGCCAUAUGCAUAUAUCCUCCUAUUCUCAGUAAAAGUCACGUUCACAUUUUAGUAGUAUUUGGUAUAGCUCAACAAAAGCUGCUCCUUGGGAAUAUCCAGUUAUCAAAGCAUUUAAGAUUAUGCUUUCAUGAAACCUCUCUUUACUCUGAAGUGAAGUCAUACAUAUAAUCCAACAUAGUGUACACGCUAAGAAACGCUAAAAUAAAGUGUAAGCUGGUGGAAACUGAUCUUUUCCUAUUUACAAUUUAAUCUUUUCGAUCUUAUGUGAAUUUAUAUGCAUCCACGAUGUAUUUACAGUAUAUAGCAACUCCUGUGUAUGUACAGUUCACAUAAGGCCUUUAAAGAUGGUGCAUGCAGUUCCUUGUUUCUGAUGUCAUUUUGUAAGAAUCCUACUGUGUAUGUCUUAGUGUGUCACUAUUUGUGCAAUAGCUGAAAAGUGAUCACUUUUUGUAUGCAUAACUGUCCACGAUUGUUCUGCUUUUAUGGUCAGUGCUGCUUCAUUUACACUUCUGUAUAAACAGAGCUCCCUGGCCAAAGCAAGACUGUUUUUCAAAAUGAUGAUACUUUAACAUUUUCAUUGUAUAUUGUCACCUCCACUAUCUAUCAAUACAACUUAAUUUGUGAAUUAACAUAGAGCUUUAUACAGGUGAAGAGUAUUUGUUUAUUUUGACUACUGUUAAUAAUUUAUCUGCUAAUGGCUGUUCACCCUUUCCUUUCAGUUGUCCUUGUAACCAAGGAGCAUCAGAAAUCUUGUUUUAUGCAUAUUUGACAAAGACAUAGGACUGGUGACUAACCCAGGUGGCAGUGGUUUAUUCAAUGAGAUUGGUGCUGAUUUCAAAAGUUUUCAGGUAUGAAACAGGUUAUUUAGUUUAAAAAGAAAAAUAUGAAUAGCUUUAUCCUUUUUCCAUUAGUGCAAUUAUAUAUGUUGGUAGAGAGUGACCUGUUCAGCGAUGUGCAUCCUUUAACUCAUUUUAUUUCGAUUUGCUGAUGCAUAUAAACAGAACCUGUUGCUACCUCCAAGUCAAGAACUUGUUACCAAAGCUAAAAUAAAAUGCUAAGUCUCUCUUAUUGUAAGCCCAUAUCUUGCUACUUGCUCCUCCCUCAGCAGCCUAAAAUGAACACAGGAGCCUAUUCCUAGCCCCAGAAAGCAAAACAGAGGCUAAAGUCCAGGAGCACCCAGGGUAAAGAGCUUGUCCAGCCCUCACCUGAGUCUAUACCAACUCCACUUGCCUUGCCUCACCGCCACCAAGAAGCUGUGUUCAUAUAUGGGGAUCUAGGAAAGGGCAGAACGCGUUUGUUCUUAAUACUGCAUCAGUGAUGCUUCUUUCUAAGAUUGGGCCUCUUUUCCAGCCUGCACAACAAAACGCACUGAACAGUGACAAGACAGGAGUUACAAUUCCAGUCUAACAUAGAUAGCAUGCAGAGCAGCUUGUUUUGUGGCAGCAGAGUAGUUCCCAAACCUGUGAGAUGACCGCAGAAAAGCAGAUAGACUUCUGACAGGUAUGUUCUCAUGAACUUUAAUCAACUUUAGGCUGAGAUUUCUCAGAGUUUUUCUUUGUUUUGGCUUUUUUCUUGGUUAAAAGUAGGAUAGAGAGGAAGGAGCAUCUUUUAACUGAGACACACAGUAGAGACUAAAAAGAUACCGCACCUUAGAACGGGCAAACCACUUGACCUGCAUUAGAUCUGAGUUUCUCUUCUAUAAAAACAAGCAUGGUUAUUAUUUUCUCCCACUUCUUGACUGCUUAGACUGUAAGCUCUUUGGGGCAGAGACACGUCUAUGUGCAACACUGGGGGGCGUCAAAUGUUGGUUGGGGCCUCUAGGUGCUAUCCAUCAGUAUAUAAUAUUAAACUACAGGUAAAACCUUGUG